AUGAGCUGAGUUCCUGGAUCCAGCACUCCUUCAAGGAUUACAUCAUCGAAGACGCCAAGCAGCAGUUCCACCACUACGACAAAGAUGGCGACGGGCGGAUCUCUUGGGAGGAGUAUAACAUCCAGAUGUACGACCGCGUCAUCGACUUCGAAGAGGACACCACGCUGGACGAUGCCGAAGAAGAAUCCUUCCGGCAGCUCCAUUUAAAGGACAAAAAGAGGUUCGAAAAGGCUAAUAAGGAUGGCGAUUUGAUGUUAGAUUUUGAGGAAUUUGUCGCCUUCGAGCAUCCGGAGGAGGCCGACUACAUGAAGG